UUUGAUAGGAAACGAGAACGUGCGAUGUGCCGAUGUCACGUUGGAAAGUAAAUAACAUGUUUGAACACUAAACAUCUAAACAUCUCACACUCACUUGUGGAAUUCAGCGUCCAAGCCCAAAUGUUUUGAUACGUUUCGUUAUUACUUUCUAAGGUUUAUUAUUUUAUUAAAUUGUUUAUUUCGUUUAGUAAAAAUUAAGGAAAACUAAGCACUAGCGGUUUUUAUAAAUAUUAUAUUAUAAGAAAGCAAUUGGUAUAUUUUUCAAAAUGGCACUCUCAAAACCUGCUGAAUUUUUACAAGGUUUGGUAUUGACCUAUUUGGAACGCUUGAAUUCCAGACCUAUCCGCACAAAAUCAAUUACCAGUUGUAUUAUUGCAUCACUUGGAAACAUUACUUUACAAAACAUUGCUGGAGCUAAGAUGAUUGACCAGGACAGUGUUGUGGCUUUUGGAUUAUUCGGUCUCUUAUUUGGUGGGCCAGUACCUCAUUUUUUCUACGAGUCUUUAGAAAGCACUUUUCCAGAAAAUUCAUCAAAAAUGGUUUUUUUAAAAUUUGGUAUUGAACGUUUAUUAUUUACACCAUUUUAUCAGUUUCUUUCGUUAUAUGUGUUGUCAAGAUUUGAAGGAAAAUCACAUGAAGACACAAUGAAGCAAAUAUAUGCAAUUUACUGGCCCAUAUUAAAAGCAAAUUGGCAGAUUGUCUCAUUGAUACAGUUCUUUAAUGUUAAAUUUGUACCUCCAAUGUUGAGAGUGUUGUUCCACAAUAUGGUUGGCUUCUUUUGGGCCAUGUUUAUAACAUACAAAAAACGCACAGAUGAUUUCAGACGAGCCAACAUUGUUAAAUAACAAAGGAUCAAAAUCAAGAAAUUAUUAUAAAAUGUAUCUACCUAUAUUAAUUUCAUUAUUAAUUUAUUGACUAGUUUUAAUUAUCCAUUAAUUUAUCUGAAUAUUAUAUAACUAUAGAUUUAUUAAUUAAAAACUUGGGAAAUGCUCAAAUAGGUGGGUGUUAAAUAAAAAUAAGACUUUAGAGAUCAAUGGCUUCUGAACUUAGUUUUGUAUUACAAUAUAAUAUAUAUAUUUUUGUACUUAUAGAAAAAGUUAUUUAAAAAAUGUCUAUUAAACGUAAGUUAUUGAGAGAAA